AUGAAACGUGACCUAGAGCUGAAGCCUGUUGGAGUUUUAGAGGUGAAACUUGUGCAAGCAAAAGAGUUGACAAAUAAGGAUUUCAUUGGGAAGUCUGAUCCUUUUGCUGUGUUAUACAUACGCCCGCUGCGUGAUAGAAUGAAAACUAGCAAAACAAUCAACAAUCAGUUGAAUCCGGUGUGGAAUGAACACUUUGAAUUUAUAGUUGAAGAUGCAUCCACACAGAACUUGGUGGUAAAAGUUUAUGAUGAUGAAGGGCUUCAGACAGAAGAACUCAUUGGAUGUGCUCAAAUACGGCUAAAUGAUCUUGAGCCUGGUAAAAUAAAGGACGUGUGGUUGAAAUUAGUUAAGGAUUUGGAGGUCCAAAGAGAUAUCAAAAACAGGGGUCAGGUGCACUUGGAGCUAUUGUACUAUCCUUUUGGCAUGAAGAAUGGGUUUACUAACCCUUUUACCCCAGACUUUUCAAUGACCUCAUUGGAAAAGGUUCUUAAAAGUGGUGUGGAAGGAAAGGAAGCUUCUGAAAAUGGAAUAGAUGUAAAACACAAAAGAAGGGAAGUUAUUGUAAGAGGAGUACUUUCUGUUACUGUGAUAUCUGCAGAAGACUUGCCACCAGCAGAUCUAAUGGGGAAGGCUGACCCCUAUGUAGUUCUCACCAUGAAAAAAACAGAAACAAAAAAGAAAACCUGGGUGGUAAACGAAAAUCUAAAUCCUGUAUGGAAUCAAACUUUUGACUUUGUCGUUGAGGAUGGAUUACAUGAUAUGCUAAUUCUGGAAGUCUGGGACCAUGAUACAUUUGGGAAGGUAGAAAUUCCUGCUUGUUAUAUCCUUUUUUGCUUUCAUUCAUUAAUAGGAUGAUUGAUGUGAAGUUAUGAACCAUGUUUAUUGAUUGACAUGAAUGAGAAGUAGCUGUACAACACUAAUAGACCAUUG